AUGGGUCUUGGUAAUACUAUUGUGGAAAAAAAUGAAUUCUCAAACCAAGACCGUGCCAAAGCUAUGAUUUUUCUUCGUCAUCAUUUAGAUGAAGGAUUAAAAUCAGAAUAUCUUACUGUUAAAGAUACUCUUGUCCUUUGGCGAGAUUUGAAAGAAAGAUUCGACCACCUGAAGUUGGUCGUUCUUCCAAAAGCCCGAUAUGAUUGGCUUCACUUACGGCUGCAAGAUUUUAAAUCUGUCAACGAAUAUAAUUCAGCUAUGUUCAGAAUCACUUCUCAAUUAUCAUUAUGUGGCGAAAAAGUCACUGAUGAAGAUAUGUUAGAGAAAACAUUUUCUACCUUUCAUGUCUCUAACAUACUCUUGCAGUAG